AUGUCCCCUCCGCUCUCAUCCAAAGGCAAAGAGUCCGGUACUGCCCGUGUCCUCGGUUCGGGGGCGUCUGGCGUCGCGGAAUUGCUCGUGUUCCACCCCGUGGACACUGUCGCCAAACGUCUCAUGAGCAACAAGGCCAAGAUGUCUAUGGGCACGGCCAACGCCAUUAUCUUCAGGGACUACGCGACCGCCUCUGUGGCCCGCAAAUUUGUGUCGCUAUUCCCUGGACUAGGGUAUGCAGCGGGCUAUAAAGUUGCUCAGCGGAUAUACAAAUUCGGUGGACAGCCGUGGUUCAACGACUUGAUCAACCGACAUUACAAGACCGAAUUCACAAACACCUUUGGCGAGCGGAAUGGUAAACUCAUGACACAGGCUGCAGCUGGGAGCUUGACGGGCAUUGGCGAAGUUGUGCUCCUCCCUCUUGACGCGUUGAAAAUCAAGCGUCAAGUCAACCCAGAGGCUUUCCGCGGUCGCGGCGUGGUUCGCAUCUUCCUGGAAGAAGGAACCACACUGUACCGCGGCUGGGGCUGGACUAUGGCUCGCAAUGCGCCUGGAAGUUUUGCUCUAUUCGGCGCUUCCGCGGUGACAAAAGACUACGUCUUAGGCGUCUCCGAUUACUCCAAAGCGACAUGGACGCAAAACUUCAUUGCCUCUAUAGCAGGCGCGGUCGCAUCCAUUACGGUCGCCGCCCCCCUCGACGUUAUCAAGACCCGUAUCCAGAAUGCCAACUUCGAGAACAACGUCUCUGGCGUUGCAGCGGUCAGGGAACUUGUCAAAAAUGAGGGUGUCUCCGCAUUUUUCAAGGGUCUGACGCCGAAGAUUCUCGUCGUUGGUCCUAAGCUCGUGUUCAGCUACACCCUUGCCCAGUCGCUGAUCCCCUUCUUCGCUAACUACGUCUAA